AAAUCAGUAGUUGUACCCGAACCCAUUUCCGUCAUUCUUCAUUACCAACCAAACCAAGAAUAGUGAGCGAUACACACGCCCAGAUUUCCCAUCAUUAUUUUCGUUCCCACUCUCUUCUAGAAAAAAAAAAAGCGCAGCAUUAUCUAUCUCUGUUCAGAAUUCACAUCAAUGGCGACUGGGCUGGUCCGACGAACGAUAUCUAGGAUUUCGGCCGUAUCACCGUCGGCGAGGGCUAUUAUCUGCCGCGCUCAUACCUCGGAGGCCCAGGCCCAGCAGGUCGAGCCCAAGGCGAAGCCCAGCUCCACCCCCAAGACCUUCCAAAUCUACCGAUGGAACCCCGAUUCGCCGCAGAAGCCGGAGCUCCAGAACUACGAGAUCGACCUCAAGGACUGCGGUCCCAUGGUCCUCGACGCCCUCAUCAAGAUCAAGAACGAGAUCGACCCGACCUUGACCUUCCGUCGCUCGUGCCGCGAGGGGAUCUGCGGCUCGUGCGCGAUGAACAUCGACGGUCGGAACGGAUUGGCCUGCCUGACGAAGAUAGAUUCCGGCGGGGCCACGAUGAUCACGCCGCUGCCGCACAUGUUCGUGAUUAAGGAUCUGGUGGUGGACAUGACCAAUUUCUACAACCAGUACAAAUCCAUCGAGCCGUGGCUUAAGAGGAAGAAUCCUCCGGAGAAUCCGGGGAAAGAGGUUCUGCAGAGCAAGGAGGAUAGGAAGAAGCUGGAUGGGAUGUACGAGUGCAUUCUGUGCGCCUGCUGCAGCACAUCCUGCCCCAGCUACUGGUGGAACCCGGAGUCUUAUUUGGGUCCGGCUGCGCUUUUGCACGCCAAUAGGUGGAUAAUGGACAGUCGUGAUGAGUACACAAAGGAGCGUCUUGAGGCUGUAAAUGAUGAGUUCAAGCUGUAUCGUUGCCACACCAUUUUGAAUUGUGCUAAAGCAUGCCCUAAGGGACUAAACCCAGGAAAACAAAUUCAGAAUAUAAAGAAACUCGAGCUCACUAAUUAGAUUUUGAUGAACCUGAUUGUGCGAUGGUUAUCUGCACAGGAAUUGUGUUCAAGUCUUUUACAUGAUACUGUGGUAAUAAUUUGAGCAGUGAUUAUGUAUUUUAUGCAUAAUCUUGUCACAGUUGUACUUUUUUCAAGUGGUAGUAUUAUUCUUAAAUGUUACACUGUUAUUUCGUUUUAUAUGUUGUGAGCUUGUCCAAUCUGGGUAAAUAUGAGGAAUCUGAAUCUUAUUUGCCAUGUGCU